CUCCGUCGCCUGGCCGCCACCAUCCGCAAGUCGACAACAAUCCUGCUGCCAGCAUGGAAGAAGCAGCUCGAGGCGCUCAAUCAGGGCAUUCUCAUGCUGAAGCAAGACGUCAGAACACGGUGGUGUUCAACUCACGACAUGCUCAAACGGGCUGUCCGCCUGAAGACGGCCAUCAAGUCCUUCUGUGAGGCCGACAACGACCUCCAUCCUCUGGAUCUCGAGGAGUACCAGCUCUCUAGGCGGGAAUGGUCGAUUGCCGAGCAGCUGCUGGAGGUGCUUAAGGAUGCAACGCUCUUCUUCUCCCGCAGCACACCAAACCUUGCAAGCGUCAUCCCGGUCAUGGACGUCCUCGACGAACGCCUCACCACCACUGCGCUGCCGGGAAGCAAGACCUCAAAGGGUGUACCCUACGACCCGGCCAUCCGGUUUGCUCACAAAUUUGUGCAGCAGGUUCUCAACAAGUACUACGAGCUCACAGACUCUUCGGAGUGCUAUCGAAUCGCCAUGGGUGAGUUCUAA